UACCAUACUGAGACAUCAUCACCAGGUGACUGGUCCCUUCCUUCUCUCCUGCCUACCCUGUGGUAUAAAGGAUCUCUGAUUAUGUGGCAGCAUCACUUAGCUACAUCACACCCCCACACACAGAGCGAGAAAGAGAGAGCGAGAGAGGAGUUACAAGGAAGAACACUGAACACAAAGAACCACAAAGAAGCUCCAGAUUUGGAACAGAAUCUUCUGUCUUUGAUUAGAAUCUCAGCUUGACUGAAUCCUCUGUUAGUUCUAGAAUUUGUGCACUGGAUUCUGGAAGUUGAGAAUCUCAGCAGGUUCUAAGAACUUCUUAGUUAAGUCACAUCCUCGUUCCACCAGGAAGGGCAGGUGUUGGAGAGAGCCAGCCCAGGGAGCUAGCAUGUCGAUGGGCAUGGAGAUCGUGGGAAUUGCCCUGGGCGUCAUAGGAUUCAUCCUGGGCAUCGUGGUCUGUGCUUUGCCCUUGUGGAAGGUGACAGCCUAUAUCGGAGCUAACAUUAUCACAUCCCAGACCAUAUGGGAGGGCCUAUGGAUGAACUGUGUGACUCAGAGCACGGGGCAGAUGCAGUGUAAGGUCUACGACUCCCUCCUGGCCUUGCCCCAGGACCUGCAGGCCGCCAGAGCCAUGACAAUCAUCGCAAUCAUCCUGGGGAUUCUAGGGGUGAUGGUCUCCAUCGUCGGAGCCAAGUGCACCAACUGCAUCGAUGAUGAACCCKCCAAAGCUAAAGUCAUGAUCAUCUCCGGAAUCUUCUUCAUCCUGGCCGGGAUCCUCGUCCUCAUCCCUGUCUCCUGGUCGGCCAGCACCAUCAUCCAAGACUUCUACAACCCUCUUCUGAUCAACGCACAGAAGAGGGAGCUGGGGGCCUCUCUCUACAUUGGCUGGGGGGCCGCAGCCCUGCUACUGAUCGGAGGGGCCAUGCUGUGCAGCUCCUGCCCCCCCAGGGAGGAGAAGAGGUACAAGCCCCCCGGCAUGGCCUACUCCGCCCCUCGCAGCGGGGGYGCAGCGGGAUACGACAGGAAGGACUAUGUCUGAGAGAGACUUCUUCACCUGCCUGAUUGAAUGGAAGGAAAUUGAAGGAAAAGAAGAGGAGAGGUAUCGCUAUCCUGAACAUUAGCGUGUUUGUUUGCUGUCUGACACAAAAACUAGGAGAGGAAUCUCCUAGAAAGACUCCAACAUGAAGAAAUGUGUGCUUUAAAGUUACUUCUUGGCUUUUCCUCCCCUGCGCAUUUCUAUUUAGCUUCGUUGUUCAGCUUUAUAGUGUGCAGGCUUGUGUGASGUAUGGUAGAGGCUGUCAGACCGAGAUACUGUACAUAUAAUCCCAAAUGGCUGGGUUG